UAAGGGACGGGACUAACAGGUCCAAGUGAACAGGUCAGAAACGGCUGAUUCUGACCGCAAAAGAGGCAGCACAGAGCAUAUUCCCUGUCACUCAUCGAGGCGGGGCAGGAAAUAAGUCCCAUCAUCUCAGAGGAACAGGAAUUGGUUGUCUCAAGCCGGAAGUUGACAAUUUCUGGUCCCUCCCAGAACGGAAGUGAACCCCCCAGACCGGAAAUGUGCGAUCCUUUCAACAUGGAGCUGGUUCCACUCAACAGGCUGCUGCAGGGGAAGAGGGUGGUGCUGGCGAGCAGCUCCCCCAGGAGGCGGGACAUCCUGUCCUCCAUGGGACUGCAGUUCGAGGUCGUACCCUCCCACUUCCAGGAGUCCCUGGAGAAGGCGAGAUUUCCGGCUCUGCCCGAAUAUGCCCGGGAGAAAGCAAAGCUGAAGGCUCUGGAGGUGGCAUCGCGGCUGCGCAGGGGCAGAGUGGGCGGGGCCUCUGCAUGGAGCUCCAGCCUCUGCCCACCCCAGCCCCGCCCCUUGCCAGCCACGCCCUGUCCCGCCUUCCCUGGCCCCGCCCAGGCUGAGUGGCCAGCAGCACAGUGUCAUCACCAGUGUGGCCAUCUUGAGGCCACUGUGGCGGAGGCAGCUUCAGGAGCCAAGUUCCAUAUGCCCAGAGGCCCCAGAGGUGGAAGGGGCCCAGAAGCAGAAGUGAAAUUGUCACUGUUCCACGAAGAGACCCGUGUGACAUUCUCGCGGCUAUCGGAGCCACUGCUGUGCGAAUACGUGGAGAGCGGAGAGCCUCUAGACAAGGCUGGCACCUACGGGCUUCAGGCGCGAGGCGGUGCCCUAGCAGAGCGCGUGGAAGGGGAUUUCUUCAAUACUGUGGGGCUUCCACUCAACCGCUGCAUGCGUGAGCUGGCUGCCAUCUUCCCGGAUGUGGGACCACACGUCCCUGUCAGCCAGCGUCCGGCCACACCCCAAUAAUGAGGAUUGUAGAUGGAGAAUGAGUAUGUGACUGUCCGGGCGGGUAUUCUGGUGAGAGAGUUACUGAAGGGGUGGGACUUCUGGUGAGUUUGUGAAGCAGUGACCCAUUUCCCAUG